AUGGGCAGUGUGGGCAGUCUCCUCUCUGGGCAUGGCCUUAACAGCAAACAAGGAAGAGGUUCUCAACAUCGUGGGAGGAAGCCACCUCACCUCAAGAAGCUGAGCCGUUGCUCAGAUGGUAUCCUAAGAUUUGGCUUUUCCCAGGAGUCAGGGCAUGCCAAAGGAGGGGGAUCUAAGAUGGGCCGCAGUGAAGACUUCUUCUACAUCAAAGUAAGCCAGAAACAACAUGUGGGACCACGAGACCACGUAGGACCACGGGACCAUGCAGGCCCACGAGAUCAUGUAGGACCUCGGCAGGAGUAUCUUGGAGGAGUGGCAAGCUCAGAGUCAGAAACUCAGCCAGUCCAGGAAUAUCCUGUGCCAACAAAUAAGCCCUGCAGCCAGACUAGCAUGAUCCACUUUCCCAACCGACUAGAGCUGGAAAUGAAUGCCCUGCGCCCGUCACCACUGAAGCCUGGCAUGCGCAGGAACUCAGCCGUCACAUGUUAUCCAGCUGUAGAAAGUGGGCCACAACUUUCUCUUUACUAUCGGCCAGACCGGGCUCGGGAAGCAGAGAGUCGGGCUGGGCACUGUAAAGAUGGCAUGUCACCGUCUGGCAGGAACUCAAUGUCUAGCCUUCCCACUCAUCCCAGCAAGCUGGGCACUGGAUGCCACUUGGAUGCUCUACUGAUGCCAACAGGGCGUUUUGGAGGCAGUGCCCACAACAUCACUCAGAGCAACAGGAGCAACAUGCUGAGCCUCAGGGCUAUGUCUCUGUCAGAUGGCGGCAAUGCUAAUAAGAUACUCAGCGUACCCACAAAGUCCGGUCUAAGGUCUCCUCCAUCCUGUGACGAGUUGGUAAGAAAAGAGCCUGGUGAAAAUGCAGAUGAAGGUCACCGAGGAGGUAUUUCCAGGUCAAGGCAAAGCUCUCAGAGAGGCCAGAGACCCCAGCACAUGCUUUCUAUCCAACUGACAGAAAGAGAGCCCAUGGAUGGCAAGAUGCGAGGGUAUGAAAAAGAGAAGAAGAUCACCAUUAGCCCAUCUAUGGAUGAAACACAAUGGGAGGUAUGCCAGAAAUCUGGGGAAAUUGCUUCCCUACGCCAGCAGUUACGAGAAAUCCAAGAAGAGUCGUCUCUACGUGCUAGUGAAAUUCUAAGCUUGAAAGCUCAACUUCGGGAAACAAAAGGCCGUGCAGAGGUCCAGGAGCAGCGGGCAAGAGAGGCAGAGGAAAGAUUGUGUGUAGCAGAGGCAGAGAGAGAUGAUAGGGAUGAUACAGUGGCAACAGAAGCUGAGCUAGAGUCCCUCCGUACAGAGCUUGAGGCAGAGCGGCAGAACAAUGAGCAGAUGACCGAUGUGUUCCAGAGGGAGAGGAAAACAUGGCGGGAUGAGAAAGAGAAGGUCAUUCGGUAUCAGCGCCAGCUGCAGCAAAACUACCUUCACAUGUGCCAGCGAUGCCAAGCUCUGGAGCAAAGGCUGAGGGCUCUGAGUGGAGAGGACCUGGAUGACGGGCCCAUCAUGACUCUGCCUGAUAUGGAGAUCUCCUUCCAGGACAUAUUAGCCACUGAGAUCUGA